CGGCCCGAGGCAAGGCCGUCUUCCUUUCGCUUCUCUUCCUCGUCCUCCGUCCCGUGCUCUAUGCAUCUUCGCGUCUCUUUCGGCUGCGAGAGCGCGCGUGGGGACGGAUGGGAAGAGAGCGUCUAAAUUUAGACACGGUGAGCCGUCGUGCGUUCGGUGCUCUUCUCUUUUCCCUGGUGGGUGGCCGGGAUAGAUUGCUGGUUCGGGGGAUCCGAUAUGGCGGGGAACGAGGAUUUCUUCCGGGAGAAACAUCGUUUUCUCUAUCACUACUUCUACGAUCUGAACCGCGACGGCGUCCUGACGAAGGAGGACUUCGAGGCGAUGGCCAGGGAGUACGCCGUGGUGCAGCGCCGCGGGAAGUUCGAGGAAGACGUCGUGGACCGAUGGAAGGCCGUCACGGCGAAGUGGUGGCUGGAGCUCUACCAAAACGCCGACCGGAACAAGGACGAGAAGGUGGACUUCGAGGAAUGGCUCAACUACUUCAAGUCCAUGAGGACGUCGUUGAAAAAUGCCGAGGACCUACCGGACUUCCUCAAGGGAUUUCUCCAACUCCACUUCGUCUUCCUAGAUCACAACAAAGACGGACUGAUCUGCACGAAAGACUACAAGCAUUACCUGCAGACCCGGCAGAUGGACCCGAACCGGGCAGAGGAGGCUUUCCAGUCCCUUAUCUCCGAAAGAGAUGCGGAGACGGGGAACAAGUUGAGCCGGGAGAGGUUCAACGAAUUAUUCCUGGACUUUCUGUCGUCGCUGGAUCCCCGUUCCCCGGGAAAAUUCAUCUGUGGGCCCCUGGAUUAUCAGACCAAAGGGGAUUCCCCGUCCUAAUCCUGAUCCACCCGAGGCUCAUUUUGCGCGAGGCUGAAGGGGCUGUGUCCCGUCCUUGAGGUUCUCAAUGUCUGGCGAACUUUUUUUUUUAUCAAGUUAUAUGAUGAAUUUUUAUGACGAUUGAUGCGUUAUCUCAUGAUAAUGAAAGUGCAUGCACCGAUGAAUGGCAAAAAUAAUAUAUGUCCAGAGAAAAACCGGUGUGAAGAAAAGUGUGAAAAAUUGUGCCAACUGCAAAAAACAAGAAUAAAAUAUUUAAAGGUG